UGUGAACUUGUGCCCAGCCACCCAGAUGCCGUCUAAAGAUCACCGCCGAGACUUUCGCCAGCCACGUGAUCGGUUCAAUUUGAACUUAUUGAAACGAAGUAGAUAGAUGACAACUUUCUUAGAACAAAGGUAUGGCAAGCUUGAUGGUGAACACCUCUAGUAAAAACAGUUCGCGCAGUGGAUCUCCUAGUAGGACAACUUCGACGUCUCAACUGCAGCAGCAACAACCGACAGCAAACUUGGAUCAUACUCCAAGAUUGCGUAAUGCCCCAAUUUCUCAAGGAGAGGGUAGCACAGGCAGUGGAAGUAGUGGUGGUGGCGGUACCGGAAGUAGCCUCAACAUGAAAGGCAGCAACAGACAAAGGUCACCAGGAAAUUUAAUCCGCACAGGAGAUGCCAUGGAUGAACCAAGUAGUACUUCAAACACUGCCGAACCAGACGAGUUUGUGCCAAAUGUUCAUCCACCGACUGAUGACGAAGGAGAACAAUACCACACAACCCAAUCGUUCCUAUCAAAUGGUUCUUCUGAGUUGAUAAGCGAUGAUGUCGACUCUAGUGCAGCACGAGUUCGUCAAGCUAUUGAACAUAUUCAAAGCAAAAUUGCUAAAACGCGAGAACAGAUAAGAAUAGAACAAACCACGCGGGAUGAAAACGUCAAUGAAUAUUUGAAAUUGGCCGCUAAUGCGGACAAGCAGCAAUUAACUAGGAUUAAAACGGUAUUCGAAAAGAAGAAUCAAAAAUCGGCGCACAGUAUUUCACAGUUACAAAAAAAGUUAGACAGCUACACAAAAAAAUUAAGAAAUUAUGAAAUGAAUGGUGCACCGACAAGUCAUAGACAACCGAGGGAAAUGUUACGCGACAUGGGACAAGGACUUAAACAUGUAGGAGGAAACAUCAGGGAUGGAAUCACUGGUUUUUCAGGAACUGUAAUGUCUAAACCAAGAGAGUUUGCUCAUCUUAUUAAAAACAAAUUUGGAAGUGCCGAUAAUAUAAAUACUUUAUCACAUGGCUCGACUUUUUAUGUAAACGAUACACCGCAUGCAGGUAAUGGUGAUAACGCUAGCGUUGAAGAUGAUAAAACUCACCAUGGAUCGGCUACGCUUCCGGGUGGAUGCAGUCUGGGAUCUACCCAAAGUGCAGCGGCUAUGAAGUUUCCAUCUGAGGAAGGAUCGGAGUGUUCUAGCGUAACUAGUGAAAGUGGCCCUGGUAGUAGAGGACAGCCGCAUACAUGUCACAGUAAUAAUGCAGCCUUGAGUCUCAAAUCUAUUUUUGCAGAACUACAGGAACACCGGGAAAAUCUUGAUCGAAUGAGAGAAAAAUUAGAUAGUGUAAAGACAUUACAGCAGGAAGUGACAUAUCUUUCUCAUUCCCUCCAAGAAGAACGUUUUAGAUGCGAACGUUUAGAAGAACAGAUUAAUGAUUUAACAGAAUUGCAUCAGAACGAAGUGGAAAACUUGAAGCAGACUAUCACAGAUAUGGAGGAGAAAGUGCAAUAUCAAAGUGAAGAUAGAUUACGAGAUAUACAUGAGAUGUUAGAGAGUUGUCAAACUAAAAUUUGUAAAAUGGAACAUCAACAACAACAGCAUCAACAAUAUGUGACAUUGGAGGGUUUAGAUAAUAGCAAUGCGAGAGCGUUAGUUGUAAAAUUGAUAAAUGUAGUAUUGACAGUAUUGCAAGUUGUUUUGCUCCUUGUUGCAACGGGUGCUGGUAUUAUGAUGCCUUUUCUCAGAACUAGCUGUACUAAGCCUCAUUGUUUCAUGUGCAGGGUGCGUAUAUUAACGACUACAUUCGUUGUACUGGGCAUAGUAUUUGUGUUAAAGCAAUGGCCUGAGGUACAUGACGUUGGCAGCCACCUCAUGCGCCAUCUCAAACAGACGCUCGCCAUGAAGUAGCAUUGGUGGAAUACUUAAAUUUAAUCAAACCUUGUGAUGAAGCUGGGCUAGAUUGGACACAUUGAAUGAAACCUUGCAUCCAUUUAUCAGUGUUGUAGCACAUUGGAGCAAUAAUAGUAUGUAUACGCGUAAAUAAGUUUGUAUUUUG